CAAGUCAGUCGCUUUGCCGUGCUGGUCGCCAUGGUUGACAAAGAAAACAAUAUUGAGUUUAUAUGUUCCUUUGUGUGCGUUUUUGAAGUCAGCGGCUAAUAUUUUCAAUCAGCUUUCGGUUAUUUGCAUUUUAUUAGAGAAUUUGUUGAAGACUUUUGCAGUUUAUUUGUGUCAUCUUGGGCGCGAUUUCUGCAGACACGCUUGACAGCAUGUUUGUGGCAGCUGAAAGAUGAUUCUUUUUUGGAUUGUAUUUCACGGACUGGGCUGUGUGGAGAGUAGAUUGUUUACUCAGGGUGUAAACACCACAACUUAGCGAUAUUUCAUCCAAACGACAAAUGGCUUCAAGGUGUAUAAGUACUCUUAAUGAACUGGACAAGAUUUCCGACAGGAUCUACUACAAACAUUCGAAGGGGAGGUUUCGUGCUGGCAUAGAAGCUAAACUCAAAGUUUCCAGAGAGAAGGCUGAGCGAUCUUUGCGGGAUAUUGACAAGGAAUCGUCGUGCAGUUACAAGACGGCGUCCAGUUACCGCUCCAGUGUCAGAACAUCUGGUUCCACUGUUUCCUCAAGAUUCUUUUCUGCAUCAGCGUCAACUACAUCAAGAUCUAUAGCUUCUGAACAUCCAAACAAAGGAGGGAAAGACAAAGCGUACAAGCAUUCCAUGACAAAAUCAAUCACAAAUGGACAUAGAGAAAAGAUACAAAGAAGGAAAACUAAAUCAUGCCCAAGCUGUACUUUGUCAAGCAAGACAAGUGGCAGAGAUGAAAAAAACCAAGACAAUAAAGCUGAUAUUCCUCGCACUGCAUCUUUUUUUGGCAAGUACAAUGGAAAAGAUUCUGAAUAUAAACCCACAGUGUGGUUUAAUCUGCCGCAAGAAACAAGUGUUGGUGUCAUCGACUCAUUUGCAUGUGACACAAAGAAUACAACACCUCUGUGUUACUCAAUUAAUGUUAAGAAAGGUGAAAGUGUUCCAAAUCUUUUGAGGCAUAACUUAGAAGUGAGAGUUGGGCAAAAUGGUGUAGUUAGAACAGAAAAGAACAGAGAGAAGGUUCCUGAACUUGGUGAUGAAAAUGCAAAGCAAGGGAAAAAAAGAACUGCUCCAUUGAAUUGGGAAGAGCAAUUGAACUGGCAGAAUGCUUGUGUCAUUUCUGCGGGACUGCAGACAGAUGAUGAUUCAUCUUCAAAGGGCUUGUGUGAAACACAUCCAGUAAUUUUUCACGAGAGGAAAACGGAGCGAGAGAAAGAUUCUAAACGAAACGAGGAAAAAAUCCAUUCGCCUGCUUACAAACUUAGUUUAGAAACACGCUGGGUUUAUCGUGAUCGAAGAAACCUGGUUUCCACGCGCGAUAAGUGUAUUACUGCUGUCGAAGUUGAGGAUGCUAGAUCUGAAGAUGGUGUCAGUGCAGAUGGUAAAAUCUCUUCUCAACAUGGCGUCAAUGUCACCACAGAGGGGCAUGCGCAGAAUGUGGAAGAGAAGGUUUUGAAGAGAGUUAGCUUCGAAGUUGGAGAAGAUAGCUCGGAAAAAGUUGUGGGCGUUAUAGAAGCGAAACGCAGCGAAAAUAAGGAAGUGAAAAAGUUUGAUGAGCUAACGUCUGUAGGUAUGAAAACCGAUGAAUCUAAAAAAGUUAGCUGUCGCAGUGUUCGGAAAAUUCGCCCUAAGACAAGUCGAGAGAGAACCCGAACGAUUGAAGACGAAAUGAUGGGGGAUGUUAGAAAGCUGCGACGACCUCAAACCGCACCGCCCGGUCCACCAUCCACUCCAAGACUCGAUGCUGAAUCACGAUUUUCCAAUUGUGUUCCCAUCAAAAUUCCGACUUCCGAAGCAGUUAUGGAAAGCAAUAGUUUCGUGAACACGGAAAAUCAAACAAGCGAAGAAAAACAAACGUUUGUUGGACAUAGUGUAAGCGUAACUCCCGAAGAAGCUGAAGAAAGUCUCAUUGAAAAUGAGGAAUUCCCGGCUUUUUCAGUUGAAAUUUCCGCGGGUUCCACGCGCGAGAAAGUUGCCGUACAAGAUGGCUCUCCGCGUAAGCGAGUCUCGUUUGGAGACAGUCCCAAGUCGGCGCCUGUUUCGAGAACUGCAACUCCACACCAAGAAGGAAGUAUUCCACAACGAGCUAAAUCAUCCACAGCGUUUCAGCGGAGGCCAUACAAGUCGCCUUCGCCCGUUGUUAUCGUGUCGGAAUCGUCUUUGGAGUUGCCAAAGGAUUUACCGCCUGCUCAAGCCCUUGUGGCUCUAAGGAAACAAAUUCGCGAAGAUUUAGCGCAGCAGAAUCGUGACUUACAGUUAGAUAUUCAACAGUUGUACUUGAAAAAACAUUUAGAGUAGCGAUUUAAAAUAAAUGCGCUUUUCUUUAAUGGGUUAUACUGGUGUGUGCAUUCUUGGUCUGUUGGGUUGAAAGUUACUUUUGUUGUCCAGUCUUUCACUGCUCAUAUUUUGUGGGGCUUGACAAGAGUCAAAGUCAAAACUGAAGAUCAAAAAUGUAUAUUAGCAGGAAACCUCACUGAUAAUUUGAAAACUGAAAUCAAAAUUCACGGUUAUCCUCGAUUAGCUUCGGUCCCGUCCACACUACGGCGGAGGAAUUUGAAAACGGAGGUUUCACUCUGAAAAUCCAUCAAAUGCUUUC